AUGCUGCCGUCGUCGUUACCAGCCGACGUGAUCUUCGAGAUACUCUCAAGGGUACCGGUGAAGUCGGCCUGUAGAUUCCGAUGCGUGUCCAGGAGCUGGCACGCUCUCAUCUCCGGCCGGGCGUUCAUCGCCGCGCACGGAGCCCGCGCGAAGCCGCUACUCCUGUUUCUCGACAACUCCUCCUGGAAAACCCGCAGCCAGCUCGUGGACAUGGACGGCAACCUCAUAAGAACGAUCAAGAGGGCAAGUCAUAUGAAUUGGACCUACCGCCUCGACGGUCCCAUUUGCCUCACGGAAGAUUAUCGCAUCACUGCGGGCGACCGCAAGUUCAUAGUCAACGUGAUCGAUCUCGCCACUGGGAAUGUGAUCUGGAGGACCUCUGAAGAGUUGAACCCUUAUUGGAUUAGCAAUGUCAACGUCGGUUGUGCCGUCCCAUCUGGCACGUACAAGUUAGUCUGCCUCAGCAACACGGGUGCUGAAGAGCCUUGCAUGGUUCUCACAUUAGAAGACGACCCCGUGUGGAGGCAGAGGUUCGAGAGAACGUGA